UCCACCCACCUCAUCCUUCCUAAGUGCUGGGAUUACAGGUGUGAGCCACCGCACCUGCCUGUUGCCUUGUUUUUGUUCAUGUUAUUAAUUUCAGCUGUCGAUUUCCCUGUUGAAAUUGCUUGCAUCCAUAAAAAUCACAUCUUCAUUUUAAAUGUGUUAAUUCCUCAAGUGAGAUUUUUCUGUUCCCAUGAGGCCUUUUAGUUUAUGUGUUGGCCUAUUACAUAGUAUGAGAAAUUAAUCCAUUCUUUGAAAAGAAUGAAAAGCUAAUGCAUACAGAUGGAGACCUGGUGUGAGGCUGGGAAGGAGGAGGCAUUGCAGUUCCAGGGAAUAAAGCAUUGUUUAGGAAAGACCCAAAGUCAGAGCUGCCAAAGCACUGGGGAUAGGAGAAAUUAAGUGGCAGGUUCCGGUCUGAGUUCAGAAAAAUUACUAUGCUGAGGCAUUUGGCUAGAAUUUUCUACUGAAAUGUAAGUACUGUAAUUGUGGGCAAGAAUCUUCUCUAUCUCUUUCACUACAUGAAAUGAGUAUUUACUGCACUGAGAGGUUUCUGAACGAUAGAAUGACAUCACAUGAGUUUUAGCCAAUGGCCUGCGGAGAACCAGACUGGAGGAAAAAGCCUGGUUAUGAAGUCCAUUUGGGCAGCGUCAGUGGGGAAAAAAUGCAGCUGGCGCUCUUCAAAAAUAUGAAGAGCUGGCGUUUCAUAUUGAAAAGCGGCUCACUCUUCCCUUCUUUGGAAUAUUCACACAUCUGGCUAGUUUUGAAAAAAUAUUAGAAACAGGUUUGGUAAAUAUGAAUAUAUAUUUGGGUGUGUAUAUAGAUUUUAAUUCAGAAAGUAUUACACAUUCGCUUUUGAAGGGACCGAGGAAGCCCCGAACGAUGGCAGAUGCCUGUAAUCCCAGCUACUCAGGAAAUUGAGGAGGGAGGAUCGCUUGAACCCAGGAGUUCGAGACCAGCCUGGGCAGAAUAGUGAGUACCCCCGUCUCAAAAACAAAACAAAGCAACUGGGAAGUGUCUGGUGCAGAAAAGCACACGCUGACUGUGAGUAAGUGUGUCAGUUCUUAAGGUCCAUCAACACAAAAGCGAAAAGUUAGUGGAGGACUGCGAGCGCGAUCGCGACAGAGGGCGCUGGGUGGUCAGUGGCUCCAGCAACCACGCGGCGGGGUGCGCCGCGAAGGGAGCUGGAUGUUUUAGUCUCGGGGCACCCGCUGCGGGCUCUUAUUGUUCCGGACGCUGAACACCGAGAGCACCCCGGGCUCCGGGGCCUCCGGAGAACGCUGCCCCAUGAACGCGCGGGGAGCGGCCCCCGGCGUCCGCGCGUACCCGGCAACUCCCGGCGUCCCAACGGCUUCCCGCUGGCAACCCCGAAGCCGCACCAUGUUCCGCCUCUGGUUGCUGCUGGCCCGGCUCUGCGGCCUCCUGGCGUCAAGACGCGGUUUUCAAAAUUCACUUCUACAAAUCGUAAUUCCAGAGAAAAUCCAAACAAAUACAAGUGACAGUUCAGAAAUAGAAUACGAACAAAUAUCCUAUAUUAUUCCAAUAGAUGAGAAACCGUACACUGUGCACCUUAAACAGAGAUAUUUUUUAGCAGAUAAUUUUAUGAUUUAUUUGUACGAUCAAGGAUCCAUGAAUGCUCGUUCUUCAGAUAUUCAGACUCAAUGCUACUAUCAAGGAAAUAUUGAAGGAUAUCCAGAUUCCAUGGUCACACUCAGCACGUGCUCUGGACUGAGAGGAAUACUGCAAUUUGAAAAUGUUUCUUAUGCAAUUGAGCCUCUGGAAUCUGCAGUUGAAUUUCAGCAUGUUCUUUACAAAUUAGAGAAUGAAGACAAUGAUAUUGCAAUUUUUAGUGAAAAUAACAGAAGCCUGGAAGAACACCCAAUGGAUGACAACAUUUCUAUAAGUGAACAAUCAGAACCAGCUGUUCCAGUUUUAUUUCCUCUUUAUCUAGAAAUGCAUAUCGUGGUGGACAAAGCUUUGUAUGAUUACUGGGGCUCUGAUAGCAUGAUAGUGACAAAUAAAGUCAUUGAAAUUGUUGGCCUUGCAAAUUCAAUGUUUGCCCAAUUUAAAGUUACUAUUGUGCUGUCAUCAUUGGAGGUUUGGUCAGAUGAAAAUAAGAUUUCUACAGUUGGUGAGGCAGAUGAGUUAUUGAAAAGAUUUUUAGAAUGGAAACAAUCUUAUCUUAACCUAAGGCCUCAUGAUAUUGCAUAUCUACUAAUUUAUAGGGAUUAUCCUGAUUAUGUGGGAGCAACGUUUCCUGGAAAGAUGUGUAUUACUCGUUAUUCUGCAGGAGUUGCACUGUACCCCAAGGAGAUAACUCUGGAGGCAUUUUCAGUUAUUGUCACCCAGAUGCUGGCACUCAGUCUGGGAAUAUCAUAUGAUGAUCCAAAGAAAUGUCGAUGUUCAGAAUCCAUCUGCAUAAUGAAUCCAGAAGCUUUGCAAUCCAAUGGUGUGAAGACUUUUAGCAGUUGCAGUUUGAGGAGCUUUCAGAAUUUCAUUUCAAAUGUGGGUGCCAAAUGUCUUCAGAAUAAGCCACAAAUGCAAAAAAAAUCUCCAAAACCAGUCUGUGGCAAUGGCAGAUUGGAGGGAAGUGAAAUCUGUGAUUGUGGUACUGAAGCUCAAUGUGGACCUGCAAGCUGUUGUGAUUUUCGAACUUGUGUGCUGAAAGACGGAGCACAAUGUUAUAGAGGAUCAUGCUGCAGAGACUGUCAAAUUUUACAAUCAGGUGUUGAAUGUAGGCCGAAAGCACAUCCUGAAUGUGACAUUGCUGAAAAUUGUAAUGGAAGCUCACCAGAGUGUGGUCCUGACAUAACUUUAUUCAAUGGACUUCCAUGCAAAAAUAGCAAGUUUAUUUGUUAUGAUGGAGACUGUCAUGAUCUUGAUGCACGUUGUGAGAGUGUAUUUGGAAAAGGUUCAAGAAAUGCUCCAUUUGCCUGCUAUGAAGAAAUACAAUCUCAAGCAGACAGAUUUGGGAACUGUGGUAGGGAUAGAAAUAACAAAUAUGUGUUCUGUGGAUGGAGGAAUCUUAUAUGUGGAAGAUUAGUUUGUACCUACCCUACUCGAAAGCCUUUCCAUCAAGAAAAUGGUGAUGUGAUUUAUGCUUUCGUACGAGAUUCUGUGUGCGUAACUAUAGACUACAAAUUGCCUCGAACAGUUCCAGAUCCACUGACUGUCAAAAAUGGCUCUCAGUGUGAUGUUGGGAGGAUUUGUGUAAAUCGUGAAUGCGUAGAAUCAAGGAAAAUUAAGGCUACAGCACUUGUUUGUUCUGAACAUAUUUGUUCUGGACAUGGAGUGUGUGAUUCCAGACAAAAGUGCAUUUGUUCACCGGGCUAUAAUCCUCCAAGCUGCCGAACACGUUCCAAAGGUUUUCCCAUAUUUCCUAAGGAAGACAUGGAUUCUAUCAUGGAAAGAGCAUCUGGGAAGACUGAAAACACCUGGCUUCUAGGUUUCUCCGUUGUUCUUCCUAUUCUCAUUGUAACAACCAUAGUAGUUUUGGCAAGGAAGCAUUUGAAAAAGUGGUUCAUCAAGGAAGAGGAAUUCCCAAGUAGCGAAUCUAAAUCGGAAGGUAGCACUCAGACAUAUGCCAGCCAAUCCAUCUCAGAAGGCAGCACUCAGACAUAUGCCAGCCGAACCAGAUCAGAAAGCAGCGGUCAAGCUGAUACUAGCAAAUCCAAAUCAGAAGAUAGUACCCAAGCAUAUACUAGCAGAUCCAAAUCACAGGAAAGUACCCAAACACAAAGCAGUAGUAACUAGUGGUUCCUUCAGAAGGCAACGGAUAACAUCGAGAGUCUCGCUAAGAAAUGAAAAUUCUGUCGUUCCUUCCGUGGUCACAGCUGAAAGAAACAAUAAAUUGAGUGUGGAUCAAUUUGCA